AUGGCAAGACCAAUACAUUUAGAGAGAAUUUCUCUUAUCGAAGUAACUCAAAAAUGGUCCUUCAAUGCGUCAAGAAAGCAUGAUCAAUGGAAAGAGCGAGCCACACCAGUCAUAGUUCGAGUGUCUCCACGAUUCACAACCAUCCCUACAAAGGAAGAAAAAUGUUUUCAAGCAUUUUGUUGGUCUGAACUUUUAUUGUACCACCCAUUCCGCAACAUUCAAAUGGAUUUCGGCUCGACAGAUGAUGAAAUUCAAGCACUGUGGGAAAGGUUCUCGCACAAGUACAAGCCAUGGCAUGUCUGCCGCACAUCUGCAGAAGCCGAUGAAAGAUCUAAUCCUACCACUCCUUCAAGCGACACAGAACAACUGCCAGAAAACCUUCGUAAUGAAUGGCAAGUACUGUCAGCUUCAUACCCAGGACUUCCUCUUCACCUGGAUGAACUUGAUAUGCUUGGCCAACGUGAUAUUGACUUGAAGAAUGACUGGGGGGUACAUCACUUCAGUCCACAAGAAAAAGAAAUAGCUACAAAUUUCAUACACUCCAAUCGCCGAACAUUUCAGCCCCAUCAUGUUCUCCAACAACAAAGCCAAAAUAACCUAUGUAUACAACAACAAAAGGCAUAUGAUAUAGUUAUUUCACAUCUACAUGCUACUAGUUGGCAAGCACCAUUGAAAAUGAUUGUUCAAGGAACUGCAGGCACAGGAAAGUCACACCUCAUAACAAGCAUUAAAUCAGCACUCAAAAGAUCAGCACCAAAUGGCCAAUCACCAUUAUUGCUCCUUGCACCAACUGGAGUUGCGGCAUUCAAUAUACAAGCAUCAACAAUUCAUUCAGCACUACGAAUUCCAAUCAAAGAAAUGCACCCUCUACAAGGACAAACAUUGGCAAGCUUCCAAGAAAGCAUGUACUUCAUUCGCUACAUUAUAAUCGAUGAAAUGAGCUUCAUUGGUCCCAGGUUUAUACAACACAUUGAUAUAAGGUUACGUGAGGCAUUCCCUGCCCAUAACCAGCUCCCAUUUGGAGGACGCUCAAUCAUUCUCUUUGGUGACUUGGGCCAACUACCACCUGUCAAAGACAUUCCUAUGUAUGCUUCAACUUCAUAUGGAGGGACACUAUGGCGUAGCUUCAUAACAAUUAUAACAUUGAAAAAAAUAUUUCGUCAAAUUGGAGAUCAACCUGCACAAAUUGCCUUUCGUGCACUUCUCUCCAAUUUACGAAAUGCAGAACCCACUAUUGCAGAUUGGCAACUUUUACUUUCUCGAGCAAAUUCAACACUUUCCUCUACAGAGCAAUCUUUAUUCUUAUCAUCCACACACUUAUUUGCAACAAAUGAAAUGGUAUCAUUACAUAACAAACGCAUGUUGUUGUCUUUGGCAAAGCCUAUUGCCCUAUCUACUGCAGAACAACUCAAGGGAAUCACAUGCUCAAACCCUGAUGAGGAACAACUUGAGUCUAAGAUCCUCUUAUGUAUUGGCCAAGAAGUUAUGUUAUCUGCCAACUUGUGGGUGGAAACAGGACUUGUCAAUGGUGCACUUGGACAAGUCAAAGAAAUUGUAUAUAAUGUUGGUGAAAGACCACCUGAACUCCCCUUAUUUGUUGUUGUUCAAUUCAAAAAAUACAUAGGCCCAGUUUGGGACCAACACAACCCAAAAAAUAUCCCUCUUAUUCCAAUAAGUCGUGGUCUUCGACGUCAAAUACCACUAAAAAUGGCAUGGGCCUUAACAAUUCACAAAUCACAAGGGCUGACACUUCAAAGAGCGACAAUCGACAUUGGCAAUACAGAUCGUCAAGGGUUGACAUUCACAGCAAUUUCAAGGGUCCGUGAUCUUGCAAGUCUUCGCAUACACCCUCCAUUCACAUUCCAAAGAUAUUCACGUAUACAAAAGAGUCCAUAUGCUGCUCGACGAAAAGAAGAAGAGGAACGCUUGACAAUGUUAUCAAAUGAAAACACUUCUCCAGGUUUUUGCUCUUCAACCCCUUGUCACAUUGAAUCUUCUUCAUUUCCUGUUCUUUUCUUUAGACCAAAACAACAAUACAUGUACACCAUUUGUUCAAUCCGAAUACUGCUUGUCCUUAUAUGA